CUAGCCAACCUGCUCGGCCACCCGUUCAACGGCGGCGCUCCGAGGCCGAGCCGAGAGAAGUAUCAGGAGGGAAGGCCUUGAAGAAUUGGCUGGGCACAGGUGGCUCUACCCUCUACUAGAUAUAAAGUUGUCUAGCUGCUCUUGGAAGAGACUGAACCUGCACCUGUAGUGUACCUCGUGGAAGCAAACUAUAUUGUAUGACUCAAGAUGAUACUGCUGAUGAACACCACCCGAAACACAGCAUUUCAUGAAAUCAAACUUGGUGUCUAAAUUGUGAUUUUGAAGAAGACAUCAGUAAUACAUUGUGUUCAAUUAAUUUCUUCAUUAUGAACCAAACUGAUAGAGUCAACCAAAAUAAAGAAGAUGAAGUAUUGGUACUUUCCAUCUCGACGCCACAUCCUCAUCGCAAUUCUUCUAGUCCUAGUUCUGCAGUUGGUCCUUUGGACGUUCGUUGCCUUCAAGCCGUCCAACAAUAUUACAAUAUUCUUUAGCAGAUCUAUGGAUGAAAGAUCACAACUAGCACAGAACCAGCUUGACUUCAAUGAUGCAAUCUCAAUUAAUUAUCAUCCAAGGGGUAAAGGCAAUAGUACUUUUAGAAGACAGAGACAUAGACUGAAACGGGUGAAAGGUGGUUUCUUAGACAAGUUGGAUUCAUUGAAACAUGGCAAACUACAACUCCAAGAAGAUGGUACAUCUGAAAACAAACUAGGAAAUGUUUCACAUCCACUGCUUCUCGAGAGGGCAAACCUAACGAAGUCACCAUGGUCUGAAGAAACAAGACACAGAUUGUUAAAGAACCUUCAAUCAAGUCUCUUUGCAGAGGAUUUAUCUCCCCUCAGUGAUAGCCGCUGUUCUAUAGCUGAAGUAGAAGCACCUGGUUCACUGUGCCAUCACUAUGACUGGGAUUGCAGUCAUAGUCCCACCUAUACACAGCACCAUAGGCAAAAUAGAACCCUGACAAUCAGCUGCCCAGGAGACUUCCGAAUAGACUGGUAUUUUGAACGAAAUGGGGGCUUAACCAGUGAUGUCAUGAAAAAUUACACCAAUCAGUACUCUAAAUGGAGUCAUGUGACUAGACCUAUCAAUGUACCAUUCCCUACCCAGUAUGCUGAUAUCUUGUGUCGGAUGUAUACAAAAAAUGGCCUCAAGAUUCACCACAACUACCGCACACAGUUUCUUCCAAACAGAGAAUCUGUUGAAAAACAGCUCAAAGUUUUCUCCAAAAAGAAAGAGGAGCAGAAAGAUUGGCAGCCAUUAUCCAUAUUAUCCAUCAACGUAGAUUCUCUAUCCAGGGCACAGUUUCAUCGUUCAUGUGGAUUACCAAAGACAAGAGAAGUCUUGCAAGGAAUCUUUAAUGCAAGUAAAGAUUCAAGUCAUCAAGCUUUUCUGUUCAAUCGUAUGAAUUCAAUAGGUGGUGUUACAGCCAUGAAUUUAACUCCUUUAUAUGCUGGUAUUUAUUUCAAACAGGCAGAUGAAGAGAGAAGGGUCCUUAUUCACAGAUACACCAAACCUAUCAAAGAAUGGAUGUGGGACUAUGCCAAUGAACAUGGUUAUCUGACCAGCUAUGCUAUGGAUACAGGCAACGGGAUCAUGGGAACUAGGACAAUUUGCCCUGGUUGCAACCAUCUUCCUAUAGAGUUACCUCACUGGGAGCAUGACUGGGUUAAGAUGGAAAAUAAAGAGAUGAAACCAGGAGUGCUGAGCGGUCUGUGUGACGGUGAUACUAUGAUUCAUGAACACAUCAUGAACUACACUAAAGAUCUCAUCAACUUUGAUUACCCUGCCAAGUGGGCUGCUUUUGAUCUUAAUGCCAAACACAGACCAGAACAGGAAUCAGCUAACCAGGUAGAUGCUCUUCUUGCAGACACCCUUCAAUCCUUGAUGGCUUCCCAACCAAAUCUUGCUAUUUUUCUGUUUGGUGAUCAUGGUGAUCGUUACCAUGGUGAUGAUGCUAAUCAUCCCGGUAGCUACAUGGAGAUUCUCCUUCCAUUCUUAGCCAUCAUCCUUCCUAAACAUGUGAUCAACUCCCAUCCAGAAUGGGAGAGGAACCUCCUUAUCAAUAGUCAAAGAUAUGUGGUCCAUUAUGACUUGCACCACACAAUGAAGUCUCUUAUGGAUUAUCCACACCUGGAUCAGGUCAAAGGUCAUAUAUUCAAAGAAUCAUACAAUCUGAUUACACAGGUAAUUCCAAGUGACCGUGGAUGUGCUGAGGCUAAGAUACCUAACUGGAGUUGUGCAUGUGGAGGACCAACGAUCUUAACCAAAGGAGAAUGGACUGAAAAUCAUGUCUCAUAUGCUAAUCAAGCCAUAGAUGUCAUCAACAUGAAACACUCAAAGGAAUCUUUGCAAAUCAACUCUCCAGACAGCAACAUGUCAAGUUCCUGCAUGGACCUCCAUUUUGAUUCCCUCAUCACUGUUGCUAGGAUACACCAUGACUAUGCCCGUCUACAGAUCACUGUUUACAUCAUCACCUUUGAUGCUGUAGAGGGACCAUCUAGAUGGGACCUUCGCAUCACUGAAGAUGGUCAUAUAGACUCUCUCAAGCAGCUCUCAAGAUAUCAAAAAUAUGAAGAGUGCCUUGACUCCAGGGUCUCCAUAGAGUUCUGUGUGUGCAAGCAAUUUCCUCCUGGGACCCCCUGAUAAAUGGAAGGAAGCAUUGCCAAAGACAAAGAAGGAGAGAGGGAACACCAAGAAAAAGUUGAAU